AGAGAAGACACUGCCUGCCAGCUGUACAGCCUCUGCGGCCUGUAUCCUCCAUACCAGCGGAGCUCCGUCCAGUCUGACAGUCUCCGAUCUGCAGGGCGGCCAUCAGAGUGCCCCUCCCGAGACUAGACUCUGGAUCCGCCCCUUCUGCCGCCUCCCUGCUCGGGACCAACCCGGUCCAUGGAUUAGCUUCCUAUGCCUGCCUGACUACUGCAUUGGACUUUCACGUUACCCGCAUUGGUUCCCAAUCUGUGGGAGGAUACCUGGCAACCAAACGGAUAUCUGAAGGACCGUCGGCAUCUCUAUCAAGCGUCUAGAUUUGUUACAUACAAGCAGCAAUGUUGCACUUAUAGUGAAACCUCAUCAGGUCAGUGCAGAAUACAUUGCACUCACUUUAUCCCUAUUUGCAUAGAAUAAACGGCACUUAGAGCACUGACCUUUCUCUUUUUAUUAUUUUACAUAAUAGUGUUAAAUUUGGCACCUCUCGUGCUGGCCUGGUAAAUUGUCUAAAUUUAAGACAGUAAUAAUAAAUCUGCCCCAGUAUUCCUCCUCUUGAAAUAUGAUUCAAUAAUGCAUCUAUUUACAACUUUUACAGGACUUGCAAUAUCAAAACAAUUACCCUGAGUGGCUACAUGAUAUAAUGUUUGGAUAUUAUAAUAUUCCAUUUUGGAUAUAGUCCAAAAAAGUGUUGAUGGAUGCAGCUCUAAAUAACAUUGUUUAUGGAUUUGUUUUCCUGAACUUCUUAGAAAAUAAUUUAAACAAUGCUUGCUAUGCAGAUCUCAAUUCACUUAAGGAAGAUGGCACCGAGAAUAAUGUCCUACCUUUCUCCCCAGCGCACUUUGGUUGCCCUUGGAUAGUCUUUUGUAUAGAUUAAUAUUUUGAAAACUUUUCUCAUUGUGUGGAUCCUUUGUUGCUGUCAAUGUAAUCUCAUUAUUAUGCACUUUCUUGCUAAAGAAGACAAGCAUGAUUGUUUCCUUAGAAUAAUGCAUUAAAAUGUCAAUAAACAUUGGCAUAAUUACCAGCAUCAGGGGUAUGACUGAUGAUGAAUUGGAAAAAUUCAGCAAAAAUAAGAAAAUACAAAACUUGAACAGUGUAUUCAGGAAACUACAGAUGCAUUACCACAAAGUUAUGAAUGAACUACCGAAAAACAAGCAGAUGUUGACAAAAGGGUAAUGGUGAGCAAGCCAGGAAAGCAGCAAAGGUAAGCAGCCAAGAGCAGUUCUAUUUUCUCAUAGUAUUGCAUCUAAUAAGAUAAAUUGAACUUCCCAGAAAAAGGCAUAUUAGUCUUGCUGUAUUAAGAACGGGUAUGUUAAUUGGGAAGUGUUCUGUAUUACGAUAGAAGAAAAUGCCAAACAUUCCAAUAUCAUUUGGGACCAAUUUAAAGAAAGUGGGAAAACAAGACUGUUCUUUAUGUUGUUGUAUUUAUAGAGUUGGCUUUGUUAGACCUAACAUAGGAAUAUUUUGAAUUCUUAUUUGGUAACAUAAGGUAGUAGUAUAUAUGAGUAUUGCUAAUAAUGUUGCAUGAUAUAGGAUUGGGUAGGUUCAUAUGGUAAUAUAAAGUAAUUGCUCCAGAAUAUAUGUUAUAUUUGCUUAUAUAGUUCAGCAUAGAAAAUUAUUCUAAAGGGUCUUUUGUAUACAUUUUGCGUACCUGUUUUAUCUGCUGCAGCAGGCAUCAGAUUGGCUUCAUGCUGGUUUGCAAUUCCAGUACCAAAACUGAUUUUGUAAUGCAGCCUACAUUUACCAUGAAUCCAUUGGCUUUGGGUCUGGUGUUUGAUUACUGCAGCUGGUCAUUUAUUCAGGCUUCUGCUGCUGUCGUUUUCUCAGGUGAACUCAUUAGACUCAUGAAUGAGUUCCGGUCAGUUUGCCCUAUGUGCAGUUUUCAUGUAUUCUGACCACUGGACCCUUCACAACCUGACAGUAAAGAGGUAUGGAUGAAUCAUCAAUUUCUACACCAGUAUCCUCAUCCUCAAUGUCACACCACUCAUUGGUGUCAUCACAGUCAUCUUCACUCUUUUCAGACUCUAUAUCCACAUGAUUAUUCUCCAAUAGGCUUGCAUUGAGGGGACGGGGUGUGACAUCACACUGGGGUGGAGUCCUGAUGUCACGGACUUCCGUUCCCGUGGUCACGACCGAGACACUCCAGCACUUCCGGACAACAAACAGAGCACGCUUCCAUGGCAGAAACCACGCCACAAAACAUGGACAUGGAAUCAGACGGGAUGUUGACUUACCUGGAAAACCUAAUACUCACUGGGAGAGAGGAUCCGGGGGGGUAUUUCCUGGAAUGCAAUACCAAGGAUGACAUCGAGCUAAUAGAUGUGAAGUCCCUGGAGCAUCGCAUAACUAACCUACCCGAGAAGGAAAUUACCAUCUUCUGGACGAUUAACUCGCUGCAGUCGUACGUCCAUUGCGAUAGGUCACCAAGAGGACUUAAAGCCUAUAAAGUCACGGCACAAUUUAAUGAUGAUCCCAUUUUUAUCAAUAUCUGGAAACAAGCUCACCACGAGCAUUCUAUGAAACUCCUACAGAUUGUUCUAACGAGAAGCAGAAUCGAACAGGAUAAAAUUAAUGAAGAUCUGGUUAAGGUGAAAAGUGAAUAUACUAAAAGAGCCACAGAUGAACAAAAAAGCUCUUUCUAUUCUAAGAUACAAGUGAAACUUACUGCAUUACAAGAAGAAGUCAAGAACAAGAAGCGAGAGAAAUUCUUGCGUGAUAAAACGGACUAUGAUCAAGAUAACAAAUUUCAAUGGCACAUGAAGAAAAAUGUACCUUAUAGUGCAACUAGAUCCUAUUCACAGAGAAGAUCAUCGCAACAACCUAUCAAAAAACGCACCGAGAAUGUGAAUAAGGAGAAGACCUACAAGAAACAGCAAGAACAACCUUCUAAAAACAAAAACGAAGCAGUCCCUUUAGAAGAAAUAAACACACAAGAAGAGGGAGAUCUAAAAAAUCUCAAGGAUCCAAAGAAGAGAAAAACCAUAGUUUAAACGGGACAGAUACAUGUAUUGAAUCCAAUGUCAUUAAUCACACGUCAGAGACUCUCGAUCCAGCAAUGGACACUCUCCUUUCUAAAGGUUUAAGUUAUGGACUGGUUGAGAAAUUUAAUCCAGUCUCCUUUGAGAUUGACUUAGCGCGAUCUCUUAGAGAUAUCAACCUUUUCAAAUUUUUCCAAAAUAAAAAAAUAUUUGAGCAUGAUCAUUGUGAAGCAGACUUACCGGUAGAGACCAAUAAUUUAGUUUUUUUUUCCAAAAGAAUGUACCCAAGUAGAAAUAGAAUGUUUAGAGAUGUUAGCUAAUGAAUUCAGCGAACCGAAUAAUGAAUAUGGGUCUAAAGUCGUUUGUUUUUCUAAAGGAAAGAGAUCCAGGUUUAACCCCCCGAUUUUCCCGGGGAGUAGCCUGGAUCUAUUCCAGAAUGCAGUAAUGCAAGACGUUAAGUCUAUAAUAUACAAAGAAGCCCCACAGAAUUUAUCGGCAGUUGAAACUAUAGCACUUAAUACUUUAAAAAAUAGGGAGGACUUACAGGUGGUUCGAACGGACAAAGGUGGGGCAGUAGUUGUAAUGUAUAAGUCUAUGUAUAUAGCCGAAGCCGAAAGGCAACUUCAGGAUACAGCCACUUAUACUAUGUUAAAAUCUGACCCCACAAGUAAAAUCCUCUCUAAACUAACCUCUUUUCUCCACUCAGCAGUAGAGAAGGGUACUUUAUCUAAAAAGAAUGCAGAACGUCUGA